AUGCCUGAGCUGAAUCAGACACACUGGUCACCAGCAUGUAUUCAGUUUAACCAACGCGAAAUCACAAGUGAAGUGCCUACGUGGGUUUCUCCCAUUUCCAGCAAACAUGUCCCAAAACCGGUUACAACACCAAAUCGUCCAUCCAAAUUUAUUGUCCACCUGCCUAACCUGCAUAACAUAACGAAACUUCACAACUUCUCGGAAGGAAGUGCACUCUCCUCAGAUUCGGUUCUUCGGGCAGCAACGGCGUGGAGUUUCGAUUGGGAACGAGAUAUUAGUCCCCCAGAGAGUAGCAAAUCCCGUGCACUGGAAGAUGUUUCGCCAGUUGGCGUGCCCAGUUCGCCGGCUGGCCACCAAUAUUCCAGUGCUAAACGAGCGUGUAGUUUCGAUCCCGGGUGA